UCCCUUUACAAGCAAACUAAAUCCCAUCUUUCCUUUCUCUUUCUAUUAGCUACAUUCCUUCAGAGAACCUCUCCAAUGGCAAUCCCAAAAUGCUCUCUCACCAUUGCUCUCUUUCUCCUCUUCUCCUCCUCCCUCCUCGUGCCCGGAAUCUUAGGGGAUUCGAGCUGGCAGUCCGCGCAUGCCACGUUCUACGGUGGUGGCGAUGCGUCAGGAACAAUGGGAGGGGCUUGUGGUUAUGGCAACCUCUACAGCCAAGGUUACGGCACGAACACCGCCGCGCUUAGCACGGCCCUCUUCAACAAUGGUCUCAGCUGCGGCGCAUGCUACGAGAUGAAGUGCACCGACGACGCCAGGUGGUGCCUCCCUGGGACUAUCGUGGUCACUGCCACCAACUUCUGCCCUCCAAACUACGCCCUCGCUAACGACAACGGAGGGUGGUGCAACCCUCCCCUCCGGCAUUUUGACCUGGCAGAGCCCUCCUUCCUCCAGAUCGCUCGGUACCGGGCCGGGAUCGUGCCCGUGUCCUUCAGAAGGGUGCCAUGUGUCAAGAAGGGUGGUGUUCGGUUCACCAUCAAUGGUCACUCCUACUUCAAUUUGGUCCUGAUCACCAACGUCGCGGGUGCAGGCGACGUGCAUGCUGUGUCCAUCAAGGGAUCCAAGACUGGGUGGCAGGCGAUGUCGCAGAACUGGGGCCAGAACUGGCAGAGCAAUGCAUACCUUGAUGGACAGAGCCUCUCCUUCCAAGUCACCGCAAGCGAUGGGAGGACUAUCACUAGCUACAACGUCGUGCCUGCCGGGUGGCAAUUCGGGCAGACCUUCGAAGGAGUACAAUUCUAAUUUCCAAGCAGAACAAGGCUAGCAAGCCUAAUUAUCAAUAUCUUGUAGUAUUUGUAUUGGCUAAUAUUAGAUUAGGAGAGAUUGAAAGAGUGUCUUGUAUCGAGAGAGGUAUGGUUACGCCGAGGUUGCUAUCAUUUAGCACCCGCAAAGGCUUAAGCGGUAUAGAUGGACAUAUAGACAGAAGAGAUGUAAAAUUGUUUUCAGUGUCUUGCUCUAGUGCAUAGGUUGCCCGAGGCCUGGGAUUGUAGGGAUGGGGAAGUUAGGCGAGCACCUUUCUCGGGUUGGCCCGCGUCCUCGUCAUAUGGUUAAGGGAUGUGUUUAUGAGAAUGCUAUUUAGCCCGCAUGAUGGGUAACAAGCUGUUCUGUAGACAUACAGAUGCUUGUCAUUUGUCACUUAACAUCGUUUGCCUCUUCUGGUACAAUAUAUUACUAGGACCAAAGUCAAAUUUGGCUGAGCU